UGACUCUGUCAGCAGCAGAGCGGCUUUCGUCAAGCGAUGUGUUCUCCUGUCACCAGAUGAGUCUCUUGAAUGAUUCGAUGGAGGCAGGAAUGUCGUCGGUCCAGCCAGGGCUGGACGGGCACCUGCCGCUUUUACACGCCCGCCACCACGGCUCCCAGGACGGGCUAAUGUUGGACUUGGACUCCCCGGAAGCCUACCUGGACAGCAGCCCGCUGGGCUACAGGGACAACGAUGGGAGCAACGGCAGCCCGGUGUUCGAAAGGAGGAAGAGGUCCCGGUCCAACAGCUCCAGGCACAGAUUCAACGAGGUGGUCACGGAGCUAGUUCCGGAGGAGGUUCGGUGGUUUUACAAAGAGGACAAGAAAACAUGGAAGCCGUUUCUGGGACACGACUCGCUCAAUAUUGAGCAGAUGUUUCGGAAAUACUGCGAGCUGAACCCCGGCGCGGUGCGCGCCCGGGUCAGCAGCGGCGACGAGGACAGCCCGGGACUGAACGGCUCUGGCCCGGCAGAGACCGGAACCAGCGGCCCGACCGAAGGCCGAGGCUCCAUGGACACAUCCAGCCCGUCUGUGGACGAGAGGGACCCGGACUGCUUGGAGAUCAACGUGGAGCCGGUCUGUGUGCGGGGAGGGCUCUAUGAGGUAGACAUAAAGGAGAGGAAAUGCUAUCCUGUCUACUGGAAGCAACAAGACCAUAUCCCUGUGAUGAGAGGCCAGUGGUUCAUUGAUGGGACCUGGCUCCCUUUAGAGGAAGAGGAGAGUGACCUCAUUGAACUGGAGCACCUGAACCAUUUCCGUGGGCAACAGAUGCAGGACACCUUCGAGACGGAUUUAGUGGUCAAGACCGUUGACAGCAAAGAUGCCAUCCACAGUUUUAAGCUGAGUCGAACCCACGUGGAUUGGCACAGCGUGGAUGAGGUAUACCUUUACAGCGAUGCUACCACUUCUAAAAUUGCACGCACCGUCACCCAGAAACUGGGCUUCUCCAAAGCGUCGAGCAGUGGCACACGGCUCCAUCGGGGGUUUGUUGAGGAGGCCUCACCAGAAGACAGACCUCCUCACACUACACAUGUUGUCUUUGUCGUGCAUGGAAUCGGACAGAAGAUGGACCAGGGACGCAUAAUCAAAAACACUGCAAUGUUGAGGGAGGGAGUCAGAAAGAUGGAGGAGAAGCACUUUGCUCAGCACAUCGAUGAACAUGUGGAGUUCCUACCUGUGGAGUGGCGUUCCAAACUCACCCUAGAUGGAGAUACGGUAGACUCAAUCACACCAGACAAAGUGAGAGGACUAAGAGACCUUCUCAACAGCAGUGCCAUGGACAUCAUGUACUACAACAGUCCGCUUUACCGGGAUGAAAUAACCAAGGGCCUCACUGAGGAGCUGAACAGACUGUACUCCCUCUUCUGUUCACGGAACCCUGGGUUUGAGGAGAAGGGCGGCAAAGUGUCCAUUGUGUCCCACUCCCUUGGCUGUGUCAUCGCCUAUGACAUCAUAACAGGAUGGGAUCCCGUGCGCUUCUGCCUGCAGGAGCUGUGUGCGGUGGAGGAGGAGCAGGAUACACGCUGGGUGUCUUAUGAAGAGAGGCAACUUUUAGAAGAGCUAAGGCUUACAAGGAUCAGAAUGAGAGAACUGGAAAAUCAGCUCGUCAAACUGGAAGCCUCUAAACCGUCAGCCCCUCAAGCUCUCAAAUUCAAGGUUGAAAACUUCUUCUGCAUGGGUUCUCCUCUGGCAGUUUUCUUGGCCUUGAGAGGGAUUCGUCCGUGUGCCAGCUGCCAUCAGGACCACAUCUUGCCCACUUCUAUCUGCAGCCGGCUCUUUAAUGUCUUCCACCCCACAGACCCCGUGGCGUACAGGCUGGAGCCUCUCAUCCUCAGACAUUAUAACAAUGUUGCACCUGUUCAGAUACACUGGUGCAGUGCCACUAACCCCACCCACUACGAUGAGAUCAGGCCGACCUUCCUCAAUCCAGUCAAAGAUCCGGCUUCAGACACUGAGAGCAUUCCCAGCCCCAGCACUUCUCCUGUCCUCCCUCGCAAGCACUACGGAGAGUCCAUCACCAGCCUGGGCAAGGCCAGCAUACUUGGAGCUGCAAGCAUAGGAAAAGGGAUCGGAGGCAUCCUCUUCUCUCGUUUUUCCCGCUCAAACAGCCAGCCUUCAGUGUCUUUAGGCCUUGAGGGAGGAGCAAGUGCUGAGGAAGAGGAGGAGAAGCACUCAGAAAGCCAGUCGUCCUACGGCCUCUCUCUGAUGACUCGGCCCACUUCUCCCACUCUUGAGUCGUUGGAGCUGGAGAGGCGUAUCGACUUCGAGCUUCGCGAGGGUCUGGUGGAGAGCCGCUACUGGUCGGCGGUGACCUCUCACACAAGCUACUGGUGCUCACAUGACAUAGCUCUGUUCUUGUUGACCUUCAUAUACAAACAGAAGUCGAUACCCUGCGCCCCCACUGAAGACGCUCCAGAACCAGACUGAGGCAGCACACUGGUUGCAUCACACACACACACACACACACACAC